AUAGCGCCGCCUGACCCUCGCCAGUUGCCCACAACCCUCACAUUUAAGGCCAAGAGGCCAUAUGAGGACACCUCACGAAAUUAUUUAUUUCAUUCCUCCGGAAGGCGUGUGUCUCCUACGCCCCUCCUUACCGUUCCCCCUCCUCCCCGCACACGAUGGUUUGACCCGGACCUCAGCUCAUUGUUGCUUGGCGCCGGGUCCAAGAUGGCGCAGUGAAACCUCCGAGUGUGAGGAGAAGGUGAUAAUACCCCGGGACCGGCGGGGGGGUUGGAGAGAAGAGAGCGGCCGAAGAAUUCACCCUGGGAUUGUAUCGCUGUCAUUCCGCUGGGCCGUCGUCUUUUGGAUUAGUAUGCUCUCCGGACAUGGGCGAGAAGCUAGAACUAAGGCUCAAGUCGCCGGUGGGAGCCGAGCCUGCCAUCUAUCCUUGGCCGCUGCCUAUCUACGAUAAACACCAUGAUGCUGCACAUGAAAUUGUUGAAACUAUUAGAUGGGUCUGUGAGGAAAUCCCAGACCUUAAAUUGGCCAUGGAAAAUUAUGUACUCAUUGACUAUGACACCAAAAGUUUUGAGAGCAUGCAACGGCUUUGUGAAAAGUACAACCGAGCCAUUGAUAGUAUACAUCAAUUGUGGAAAGGCACCACUCAUCCUAUGAAAUUGAACACCCGCCCAUCCACAGGUCUCCUUCGCCAUAUUUUGCAGCAAGUCUACAACCACUCUGUUACUGACCCAGAGAAGCUAAAUAAUUAUGAGCCCUUUUCCCCUGAAGUGUAUGGCGAGACGUCUUUCGACUUGGUAGCUCAAAUGAUUGAUGAAAUAAAGAUGACAGAAGAUGAUCUCUUUGUUGACUUGGGGAGUGGUGUUGGGCAGGUUGUCCUGCAGGUUGCUGCAGCCACUGGAGGAAAACAUCACUAUGGAAUAGAAAAAGCAGAUAUACCAGCCAAAUAUGCAGAAUCAAUGGAUAAAGAGUUUAGAAAAUGGAUGAAAUGGUAUGGAAAGAAGCAUUCAGAAUAUACACUGGAACGUGGAGACUUCCUUUCAGAAGAGUGGAGGGAGAGGAUAGCCAACACAAGUGUUAUUUUUGUGAAUAAUUUUGCCUUUGGUCCUGAGGUCGACCACCAGCUAAAGGAGAGAUUUGCCAACAUGAAGGAAGGUGGAAGAAUAGUGUCCUCCAAACCCUUUGCACCGCUAAACUUUCGAAUUAACAGUAGAAACCUCAGUGAUAUCGGCACUAUAAUGAGAGUAGUAGAACUUUCACCAUUGAAGGGUUCUGUCUCUUGGACCGGGAAGCCAGUUUCCUAUUACCUGCACACCAUAGACCGGACUUUACUUGAAAACUACUUUUCCAGUCUGAAAAAUCCAAAACUCAGGGAGGAACAGGAAGCAGCUCGUAGAAGGCAGCAGCGUGAAGGAAAGAGCAAUACUACCACCCCUACAAAAAUUCAGGAGAUUAAGGAUUCUGCAACUGAAGAGGAUAAACCAGCUCCUGUGAAAAAGACUUCACCUGCCAAAGCUCGUAGGAAACUGACCAAGAAGGGCAAAAAAAUGGCAGGUCGGAAAAGAGGACGUCCCAAGAAACUCCUUCAAUCAAAUGGUGACCGCAAAUCCUCCAAAUCACCAACUGUACUGGAAGGCUUGCAUCUACAAAAUGGUCCUCCGCCUCAGUCGCCAACACAGUCAAGCCCUCAGGAUGUCUGCAAGUCACCUCAAAGUCCCCAUUACCAGCUACCUCUGAAAGCACAGCGUCAACCUUCCAACCAGCUGAUGUCUUGUCCCACACCCCCAGCACUGCAGAAGCUGCUUGACUCAUUUAGGGUACAGUACCUGCAACUUAUGUCUUACAUGAAGACUCCCCAUUACAAAGCCGGACUGCAGCAACUGUUACAUAAGGAAAAAGAGAAAAAUUCCCAGCUUCUUGGUACUGCCCAACAACUUCUUACACAUUGCCAAGUUCAAAAGGAAGAAAUCAAAAAACUGUUUCAGCAGAAGCUGGAUGAGCUGGGAGUCAAGGCUCUUACUUACAGUGAUCUCAUUCAAGCCCAAAAGGAGAUCUCCGCUCAUAAUCUACAACUGAAGGAACAGAGCCGACAGCUAGAGCAGGAAAAUGGUGAACUUAGAAACCGCAGUUUGCAGCUGUUGAAGGCACGUUGUGAAGAAUUGAAGCUGGACUGGAAUACGUUGUCCCUGGAAAAUUUGAUGAAGGAAAAAUUGGCACUGAAAAACCAGAUUUCUGAGAAGCAGAAGCACUGCUUGGAGUUACAGAUUAGUAUUGUUGAGUUAGAGAAAUUACAAAGGCAACAUGAGCUGCUUCAGCUGAAGUCUUCCACUUUGCCAGAUGAUCCUCCAUCAAGCAACAGUCGCCCUAAGGGCAAUUUUGGUGCUCGCUACUCCACUGAUGCUUCUCAUGCACGUGUGCAUCUUCCUCAAACCUCCAUUCCCAAUGGUUUAAGCCCAGAGCUCUCCACAAAUGGUCAUGCAUUGCACUAUGAGCUUUAUCAUUCAGGCCGCAGUGGUGGAAAUAGGCCAUGCUCAAAAGAGAAUACUCCUUCCCACAUGGAUCAUUCUGACAUUGUCUUAAAUACUCCAACACAUUUAUCACGACACAAGGGAGAGAGGACUGCUGGACAAUCUCAACCAGACUACACCCGAUACUCGCCUGCUAAAAUAGCCAUGAGGCGUCAUCUGAAUCAAGAGCCAACACCUAACUGCAGAAAUGCAGACUUCAGUCACAGGUGUGAGGUGGUUAAGGAGAGCAGCUUUAUGUCAUCAAGUCCUGGUAAUUUGAAUGGUAUCCAGUUAAGUCCUCGGGAAUUGCAUCCUACCGAUGGAGGCCAAGCAACCGUUGAAAGGGGAGCUGACAAGCUCUCAAGAGACCGUAGCCCUUCUAAUCCUGAAACGAUCACCAGUUUGCCUAUAAGUAUCCCGCUGAGCACAGUCCAACCCAACAAAUUGCCAGUCAGUAUCCCUCUGGCUAGUGUUGUCCUGCCAAGCCGAGUAGAAAAGAGAAACAGUCCCAGUCCAGGUUGCAAUAGCAGAGAUAGCUCCAGCAUGGAGAAUCAAUAUGGUGCUACUUCUAACAGCUUCAAUUAUGGUGCUGUCUCAAAGCCACUGGCUACCUCAGGUUUCUUUUACCCAACCUGGUCAAGUUCUCUUAAUGGACCAGUUUUGAACAGCCAUGGAUCAGAGACUGACUGCAUGGAUGAUUCUUCUAAUUCAGGCACUCUUUCAAACUCUGGGGGAUCUAGAAGUUCCACCCCUUCACAUCACCAGCAGUCCUCUCAGCGCUCACCUGCUCACUAUCACAUGUCUGAUAGUCCCCAUGGGUUUCCAGAUCCAAGUAAGAUCUCUGGUGAUGGAGACUUUUAUACCAGCGAUGCAGAAGUGGAGGCCAAGAGGCGAAUCAUUUUCACUAUAACUAGUGGCGGAAGCUCCUCAGGGAGGUCACCAUCAAAUAAACAUAGUCCAUUGACAGCAACUAUUCGGAUGGAGAGUGGCCCAGGUCAGGAUGGCAGGAGGAAAGGGAGCCGACGCAAAAGGUCCUCUGCAGGAAACUACAGCCUGGUAGUUUCUCCUAAACGUAGAUACCAUCCAUCUUUUGGACUGAGUGGCUAUACUUCAGGAUCUCCAAUGAGUAUCAACUCAAUGGUAAAUAACAUUAAUCAACCUUUGGAGAUCACUGCUAUUUCAUCUCCAGAAAACUCGCUGAAAAGUUCCCCUGCCCCAUACCAUGAUCAUGAAUUGCCACCAGUUUUAAAAAAAGAGAAACCCUUACUGCCAACUAAUGGGGUUCAUUACUCACCUCUCACAACAGAAGAUGAGAUGGAAUCUGAUGAGGAGGUCCACAGUACAAGAGCAGACAGGAAGAGCUCUAGUUUAUGUUUUGAGAGCAAAGAUUCCCCACACAGGAGUGAAGGAGAAAGAGGUCUACCGUACCCCAGCAGAAAAUCCUCUUGCGAGAGUGUAGGCAAAUGGAAAUCCACCUUCUCCCCGAUCUCUGAUGCAGCUCCCAGCCGCACCCCUGACAGCCCCGCAGCAUCCCCACGCUGCAGUACUCAUUAUUCAUCUGGUGAUGGGGCUCGUCGAGGUUCUGGGGAUAUGAGCCCAGGGUCAGCUAGCAGUCUUGGCGAACACACCCGAGCAGACGUGGGCAGAGUACCAGAGGCAAACUUGUUCCUGAGUAAAAAGUUGGCAUCUGAUGGUGGAAAGAGAGAGGAGAGGGGUCCAAGCUCAAGAGUUGAUCGCUCCAAAGCACCUCGCAGUCGGGAAAGGGAUGGGGAGGGACGAGGAGGCAGCAACUUAUUCAUGUCACAGGGAACAGGGGUUUUACUGAAUGGGAAGGGCCCUGUCUCUACACCCCUCCAAACACACCACCAUCUCUUGAGCAACCUGACAACUGGCUCCCAGCUUACACUGCAGGGUGGCCUAACUUCAAUGGCCAGCAAUUCAGUUCUGCAGUCUCUCUUCAGCUCCAUGCCUGUACAUGUGACUGGCCCAGUUGGCCGUCUAGCUAAUUCCCAUGGCAUGGCCAGUUUCACAUCGCCUGGAGUGACCGGUGGAACAGUAGGAGGUAUUUAAUUAUCCACCUCACUUGAAUUCACCUAUGCAAAGACAGACCUGCUAUAUUGAAAUUUUUUUUAUGUAUAUUUUUUUUCUUUUGUCCACCUUCCAUCACAAAAAAGGUGCUCAACACAAGUUGAGGGCAAUUUUUCCCUCAAUUCUUCCUUUCUGUAGCUACCACUGGUUCAAGCUAAAAAUCACUUCAUCUUUUUAGGACACACCUAUCCAUUUUCCACUGUGAAUGAGAUCCUUGCAACAAGAUCGGGAAAAACAACUGUACUUAUUUAUAUUAAAAGUUUGUAAUUUUUUUGUAUUUUUUUUUUUUUGUAAGUUUUUUUUUUUUUUUACAUUUUGUGGAGGACGUAGCUCAACAGAUGAGCAGAAAAUUGGAUUGGCACUUGGAUUUGAGAUUGACAUGAGGGAUAGGACAGUAUUUCUGUCAAUAUGCCUCAAUGCAGAUUCAACUGGUGCUAUGCGUACAAGAUUGUGCCUCAGUCAAUUGGUGCUGUUAAGUUGCGGUGCUUUUUGAACAGAACACACUGGAACGUCUAGGUCCAUUGUGUCGGUGAAAUGUGUGCUUAAUUUAUUAAUGACUUCUGUACCUAUGUUACCAAAGUACAUUCUCCUCUGUUUCUAGUAAGAUGACAGGUGUUGGUCUGUCUGCUCAGAGAAUAGAACGCUCCUCCCUAUUUUUGUUGUUGGUCUCCCCUAUUUCCCAGAUGAUAUGGCAGCUAUGUGUGUGUGUGAUUGAAGCAGUAGGAAUGGUUUACCGCAGGUUAUUAAGGCGCAGUAACUGUUGGGCCUAGAGUUGUUUGUAGAUGUAAAAUGGUUUAUGUAAGUUAUGAAUUUAAAGACUGAUUUUGUUUUUCAAAUACUUGAUUACUUUUAAACAUAAUUUAAGCUAAAUUGCAUACAUAUGCUUAUAUUGUAAAUGUGUGUAUAUUACAUUUGUGUAUAGGUACAUAUUUAUAUGUAUAUAGAUAUUAACAUAUAUCAAAGUAUGGUUAUGCUGUUAUGCUGUCAUGCAUCUGAAACAUCUCAUUUCAACUUGUAUCAGGGCCAAACGUGUACAAUCUCUCUUUAGAACAAGGUCUUGUUAUUCACAUAACUGAGAACUGUAGCUGAGCUUGACUUUGAAGUCACUUUUUAAUUCUAAUUCAUAGAAACACAUAUUAGAAAAAGGGUUACAGUUUUUUAGCAGGCUUUGGGCUAUAAUGCAGACCCCGUGAACCUAAGACAUGUAUAUUUUACUCAUUUUGAAAACCCCUUUCCCUUCCCAUCAACAUUUUAAGUUAUUUUUAAGUUUAAGUUAUGUCAAGUUUUUUUUUUUUUUUUUUUUUUUGUUUUUUAUUUCCCCAGAUCGAAUUACUGACAGCUUGUCAAAUGUUCUUGUCACCAUCUGAUUUGAAGGAUACAUGUACUUUAUGACCAAGUGCUCUUGUCCUCUCUGCCCUACCUUAAAUUUGCCCAUCCUUCCUCUCCAAAGAUGCAUAUUUGCUUUUAUCCGACGGCUGUUUCCUUGUACUUGUUUACAUCCAGAGCUAUAAGUAUUGCAAUCCUGAUUCCAUCUGUGCAAUACAGCCUAAUAUACUUCUGUGGGUCUGAGUUGUGUUAUGUGCUGGUGCAGCUGAGAGAGCGAGACUCACAGAGCUGGACAUAAACAAACAUCAGAGGCAGUGGCCUUCAGAUUCAGGGUUCGUUGGGUUAGAUCUGUGGAAAGGGGCUAAAAGGAUACGCACAGUUUGUUUUAAAGUGCACUUAUCCAUUUAAAAAAAAUAUCACUGAUAUUGGGGAAAAGUUUAGCAUUUCAGGUUUACAUAUUCUAGCUGUUUCUUAUAUCUGUGUUUUUUUGUAGCUCUUAAUGUCUGAAAGCUGGUUAAUCCCUAAACACACAAUCCUAAUCUUACCUUGUAAAUGUUGGUCCGAGAAGUAGCAGAUUCAUCUAGCCUUUCCAGAUUUUACAAGUACUAAACAGCUUUCUUAAAGCUCUUGUCAGCAUAAUUUGUGGGGAUUUUUGUUUGUUUUUUUACCUUCAGCUCCCUGCAAGAAAAAUUGUGUGCUUGCCUCUCCAGUACUAUGCAGAUGGAAUUGACCAUGAGUCUAUGCCUUCUUCCAGGGGUGUAAAAUUACUUAUCUGUCGCUGCCCUCUGUUUUAACACCAGCCCUUGCAUAACUACUUUGUUCUGUAGUGACACGGGCUGGUGAAUGGAACCACAGGGAAUAGUUGAGGGCUAUGCAGACUGUUCAGUAGCUAUAAGGCCCCAUUCACAUGCGGCAAUUAAUUGCAUGCCCUGUGCAGGGCUGUUUUUUACCAGCACGUGGGAUGCACAGGUGCUGCAUGCAUCCAUUGUUUAUUGGGAUACACAGUUGCUGUGUCCAAAUGUGAUGUGCAGCUCGCCUUGUGUGCAUUCGGGGACAUGCACCUGCAUGUUGUAUUGGGACACGGCAGCUUUUUCCAUGCUGCCACACGUCCCAGUGGACCGAAGACAAAAAUCUGCUUUAAAAUUGACUAGUGUGUAUUGGGUCUAAUUGCCCCAUGUGAACUGGUCCUUCAUAUUUCCAACUUAGUCCUGGAGAGGUAAGUAUUAAUGAGUAUUCCCACUGUGGUAAACGAAAGAAUGGAAGCUUUUACUUUAACGCAAGCUUUAGUCUGGCAACACUAAGAAAUUAAAAAAUGGAAACCCGAACUGAGCGAAUAUAGAGGCUGCCAUUGUAGCUGUCAAGCUGAUCUGCCUAACUUAAAGGCACAGACCUUGAAAAAGAAUGCAGGUCAAAAGCGCUGACUUUCUAAUCUGCAUGCUUGUUCUGGGUCGUUGAUUCUUAGGGCUUGUUCAUACUUGCUUUGAAGAGGGAUCUGCAUUCAGGUCAUGAGGAGGUGUUGUAUCUCCUCACUUCCUGCCUUAAUCCCUUGAACCUGGAACUAGCUCAUACAUUGGAUUACCUUGAAAUCCCCAGAGCGUACAAUUCUACCUUGGUCAUGAAGCAAAGAUUUGUGGCCAUGGCGUGUUUACACCUCCGGUCGCUGUCUCUGCAGCAAAAGAAGGUAGUGGUUGGGACGCAGUAAAAACAUGGCUCAACCUGCCCCCCGCUGCUAGUUUGACUGAGUCCUAAAAGUAUUACGUUUACAGUAAUAUUGAACCCAAAAGAAAACAUUUUAUUAUAUUGCAGCUUACCAAUUUAUAGAUUUGAUGGCUGCAUUCAGUUUCUUUUUUUUUAGGCUUUCUUCUAUUUUUAUCUGGUGAUUUGGCCAGGAAGUCUCUUAUUUUUCAAAAGAAGCUUUCCCGCAGAAUGUACCAGUCAGAGGUGAGGCAAACUCUAUCAGGGGUGCUUACAAUGAUUAGCUUUUACUUAUGUAAAAUCUUUAUCCCAAAAAUGAAAAUGUUACUGUAACUGCUUAUGAAGUGUUAGCUGGAGUUUAGCAUCAAGUGUAACUUUUAGAUGGAUUUAGAUACACUAAUACUUUAGGGUCAGAAUCCCAUUAAUGUGGGUGUUGCCGUACCAAACUAUACAUGUGUUAGUGCAAUGUCACCUCAUUCAUUUUAUAUGUCAGUAUUAACGCACCAAGGCAAAGGACCUACAAUGUGUGGCAUUCCUGAAAGGCUCAGGUGCGGUUUGAGCUGUGAUGGGGUGUGCUGGUAACACCUUACCAUUGGUACAUCAACACCACACAGAUGGAACUCUGGCUGUAGAUUUAAACCGUCCACAUUGCUUAUACGAUGGUGAAUAUGAUUUUCUUCAGGCUUGUAUUUGCACGCUAAGAUUAAAAACCUGUGUGUUUAGCGAUUACAAACUUGUCUACAUUUGUAUCCCUUCGUUCCUUCCUGCACAAUUUCCCUUCAGUGCUGCUGUUUGAGACUUAGAAAAUGACAGCCCUGAUUUUUACCACUUUAAACUGGCGUUGCUAAAGGGGACAAAUUACAGCUUAUAAGGUUUAUUUAGGAUCUCACCCUUCAUAAUGUCUUGUUUUUUUUUGUUUUUUCUACAGACCUGCUGCUUGGUUUUGCUUAAUUUAUGUCUUCAAGUUUUUUGGUUUGUUUUUGGUGUCGUACACAUUAUAUUCUUAGUCUUAACGUGUUCAGCGCCCAAAGUCAUAUUUACAAGACUAAUGCAACAUACAUUUUCCUCUUCAUAUUUUUAAUUGAAAGCAACAGUUUUUAUUUCAUUUCUCAGCACAGUUUAGUCAUUUUUAAAUGUUUGCAUGUUGAUCAUGCAGCCUGGUAGAGAGAUGUUUGGCAUGAAUGGAAUGGAUUUUAAUAUUAAACAAGAUUCUUAUCUUGGAAGGUGCUUCUUCCUAAAUGAAAGUGUUUGUCAGGCAAUAUUUCCUAUAGUAUUUUAUCUAAUAGGAUGGUGCUUUUAAAUUAUAUGCCUGUAAAUGAGCUUUCGUUUUUCUCCUCCAGUAUACUUGCUGGCACACAGUUACAGAUGCAAGUAUUAGUAGGAAUGAAAAUAUUACUAACAUCAGUGAAUUUCAUUGUCCAUGACAUGACAUCCUGGAAGAGAUAGAUAUGCAGUGGAAAUAUAUGUAUUACCGUCCAGCAGUUGUGAAAAUCCUAACAUGCUAGUGCUUGGUUCCCCAGCAUCUGGAGAUUCAUGUUGCAUAUGGCUGGUCUACAUAUGUAUAUGCCAAACUCUGCUUUAAACACUAGUCAGAACUGCUCAUGAACGAAAUUUCUGUUCAGAUUUAACAAGCUGGUUAGGCAAAGGAAUUGAAAUGAUGAUUUAGCUUGUUUAGUUAAGGGACCACAAAGAACAAUUUUCCAUAGGAAGCAGUCAGAAAUCUAUUGGCAGGUGUGAUUUUAAAAAUCUGCCUGCCGUGUGUGACUGCAGUUUGCACAAUGCAUUUGCUGUUUGCACUACCACUGAUUACGCAUGAGUUUAUCUUGUCCAUUUCUCAAGAUUCUGGUGGCAUAAAGCACAUUACCACACAAAUACCCCCAUGUGGAGUCAAAGAACCGUUUACUUCAAUGUGUACCCAUAUCACUUUUCUCAUACAGUCUCAUUUGCGCAUGUGGGACGUGAAGGAAAAUUGGUUGAGGAAGGUGAACUGAAUAUGAGAAUAGAUGAAGUGAACCUACAUUCACUUUAGAUGUCUUGUCACGGGCAAGAGACUUCAGCCAUCCAAACAGGCAAAGUAUUUAAAAUAUUGGUUUACAUUUUAUUAAAUUGGGUCCAUUACCACUUUGCAAUGGACCCACUGUCUUAAUAGUUCUUUAUACAGCUGAAAGUUCCUCCCGGAAUAUAAAAAUUGCACUGUUAUAUUUUCUGCUGUGCGAAUGGAGUCAUAUGGAGUGAGCAAAAUUCAGUUGGGAUCGGCCAUGAGAAUCACUUGUACAUGGGCUGUUGUGAGAAAUGAAAAAAUAUCAUGCAUAUGAAACAAAACAAAAAGAUUCCUCAUAACAGAAGGUCAGAGUUUGCUUCCUUGCACAAGACCAGGGAGCUGGCUUUGAUUUUUUUUUUCCUGAAAAUAUUUAGCAUACGGGUUCAACCUUCAUAAGCUAGCCAGAUUUCUGCAUUCCAAAGCUCACUGUGCUAAGAGAGUUUAACUAUGUUACUGGCCUUAAUAACCUGCUUGAAAUGACAUUCUAAAACUGUUCAACAAUGAGUGUGUGGAUUUAAUAAUAUAAAUCUCUAUAUAAAUAUAUAAAUAUGGGUGCUUGGCAGUUUGUAUAAUAGAACUCAAUUUGGUCUAUUUUUCGUCUUGCCUUAGGAGGACAUUAGAAUAAAACAGAUGUUUGUAAAAACACUCUUCAAAUUCUUUCUUGCAUAGUAAUUAUUUUGAUACUUGCCCUUAUGCCUUGUAAAACGUUUCCAUCUUCUAUCAACUGUUUUACCUUCAUUUUUGUGAAUCGUUGCUUUCAACACUUUGAAAAGUGAUAUUAAAAGUUUAAAAAAAAAAAUUCAAAAAA